GCCCCGAGGAAGAGCCGGAGGAGCAUGGCGGAGGCAGAGAGUCGCUGUCCUGCCGCGCCGGGUGAAGACGUCAAGCCAUUUACUCCUGAGAAAACCAAGGAAAUUGUGAUGUCUCUACAGCAACCUGCAGUCUUCUGUAACAUGGUUGGUGAUUGGCCAGCCCUGCACUGGAAUGCAAAAUACCUUUCUGCUGUGUUGAAUGGAAAGACAAUCCAGUUUAGGCUAAGCCUGAAGACCAUAGGUUUAGUUCCCCAGUUUGAAACCAGGUGUAGCUAUGUGAAGGCUACACUUGAAGAGUUUUUGGCUUGGAGUUGUGGGCAGCCUUCUUGUCUCUCUGGACCAUUCAGUUGUUACGAAUUCUCUAAAUACUGGGCUUAUGCUGACUACAAAUACAUUGCCAGGAUAUUUGAAGACAAGCCAGAAUUUUUCCAGGAUAUAAGGUGGUCUGACUUUGGUUUUCCUGGAAGAAGUGGGAAAGAGAGCACACUGUGGAUUGGUUCUGAAGGAGCAAACACCCCUUGCCAUUUGGACUCCUACGGUUGCAACUUAGUAUUGCAAGUACAAGGAAGGAAGAGAUGGCACCUCUUCCCACCUGGUGACACCAGCUUCCUUUAUCCCACCAGGAUCCCUUAUGAGGAAUCCAGUGUAUUCAGCAAAGUCAGCGUUACCAAUCCUGAUCUGAAACGCUUUCCCAAGUUUAGGAACACAACAGCCCAUGUUGUUACACUAAGUCCAGGACAGGUCUUGUUUGUUCCAAGGCAUUGGUGGCACUAUGUGGAAUCCAUUGAUCCCAUCACUAUCAGCAUAAACUCUUGGAUUGAACUGGAUGCAGAUCAUGAAGCCCGCGUAGAAGAAGCGAUAACUCGAAUGCUGGUGUGUGCCCUAAAAUCAGCAGAAAAUCCCAGUGAUGGCGAUCCCUGGCUAAAUCCCACAGAGGUUGAGGCAACAUCCCAUGAAAUCAAUCUUCAAUACCUGAAUAAAGCAGUGUCUGCAUAUUUCAAGUGUCAAAAGGCAAGUGAAUCAGAGCAGCCAUGUUCCAGCAGCAGUGAUGCAGAGCAAAGGACAAUUGCCUCGUGCAAGAGGAAGAAAAGGGAAGUUGGCUGUGAACCAGGGGGCUGCAGAUUACUAACCCAUGAGUUUGGCUUUUCAACAUUUAAAGCAGAAAAUCUGCAGAAAAUACCUUUUGGGCCUCAUCUUAUUCAAGUUUUACCACAAUCUCAAGAAACAAGCUCCAUAGGUGCAGUUGCAGUUGAAAGUGACUGUAGAGAUCUUCUCCAUGAAAAUGAAGGAGGACAUUUUGGAAAAUUACACUGCACAAGGAAGCAACUGGCAAUGAGUAAUGACUGUGAAACGCCUGCACAUCAAAUGGGUUCAGACGGCAGUCCAAAUGCAUCACAGACAGACCUUUCUACCAAUGAUUUGCUAGACUGUUUAGUUAAUCCGCAUGUCAUCAAUUUAGUGGCUCGACUGCUGUUGGAGAGAACAAGAGUUUAAUGCUGAAGUGCUUUAUCAUUUCUGAAAUAAAGAAAUCAAAUGGCAGCCUUA